AUGGAUCCUUCAGACGAAAAUAAAGUCACAACCUUGGAAGAGCUGAAACUACUUAAAAAUAAGUUACAAAUUCGUAGAGACCGCUUUGGAAGGCGUGACAAAGAUACUAUUAAUGAAAGCGAAAGUUCUUUCUUUCGUAAUGCUACUUUAAGCGCGGGCUUUAAAAAUGAACACUUUUCUCAGGUAGGACCGUCUUCGACGUCAAGUACACGAACCUCUUCCUCUGAAUCAAGUUCAAAAGAACCAUCGAAUAUAGAGUAUGAAAAACUCGUACGUGAUUAUUUUACAAAUAAUUUACAUAGUAAAUGCACUUUCCCAAUAGAAACUUAUGAACUUUUGAAAAGGCUUGCCACUUGGCAAAGCGUUCGGGCCAUUCCUUUUACAAAAACAUCACUAUAUAACCUCGAGAAAGCGCUAAGGACAUUGUCAAAUAUAUGGGGACCUAAUGUCAUGUUAAUUAAAGAAAAACAAAUUGGCAAAAGUAAGAAACUAGUGAUAGAAAAAGUUGAUAUUGAGAAAUUAGGCGUAAUAAAUGUUUUUGAAAGCUCUCUAGAAUCGGAUGAUCCUUCAAUGCUUGAUAAAUCAUUACAACUAACAACUUCGGUGAAUGGUAAUAAAAAACGAAAAAUUGAAGACCUUACUGAUGAUACCGCUUUAAAGGAAAUUAAUGAACUACUCGAUAAACCUUCAUUUAAAGAAGUUGAAGAGAACAAAUCACUUUACGAGUUAUGCAUAAUGCUGGAUAAAAAGUCAUCUAAAGAUAAAUUGAUAAUUGAAAUGUUCCGUUCAACUAAUAAUUCAUUCCGAGAAUUUUGUGUAUAUGGCACGAAAGUUGAUUGUAGAAAACAACGGAGAACAAAUCGAGCAUGUCACAGGCUCCAUUUCCGGCCAAUGCUUCGUUCUCAUACAGAAUUGGACCUUGGUGAUUGUUCCUAUUUGAAUACUUGUCAUCGUAUGGAUACUUGCAAAUACGUUCAUUAUGAACUUGAUGAUGAUGAGGAACGUUGGACGUACGAAAAGCGGAGGCAAAUCCCACCUGCUGUAUUUACACCACCUAAAAAAGUCCUACCACCUCAAUGGAUAAAUUGUGAUGUGCGAAAAUUCGAAUUCUCAAUUCUUGGUAAAUUUACCGUGAUUAUGGCAGAUCCACCAUGGGAUAUUCACAUGACGCUCCCAUAUGGAACCAUGACUGAUGAUGAAAUGAAAGCUAUGGCAAUUUCUGAUUUGCAAGAUGAUGGGUUGAUAUUCUUAUGGGUUACGGGAAGAGCAAUGGAACUUGGAAGAGAAUGCUUGGCUAUCUGGGGAUAUGAUCGUGCUGAUGAACUUGUUUGGAUCAAGACUAAUCAAUUGCAGAGACUCAUUCGAACAGGACGAACAGGACAUUGGUUGAAUCAUAGCAAAGAACAUUGUCUCGUCGGAAUCAAAGGCAAUCCUGAAGGGUUAAAUUGGGGCCUUGAUUGUGAUGUGUUGGUUGGAGAAGUUCGAGAGACAAGUCGCAAACCAGAUGAAGUCUAUGGCUUGAUCGAUCGUUUGGCACCUGGAAAACGUAAAUUAGAAAUCUUUGGGCGUCAACAUAAUACUCGCCCCGGAUGGAUGACGCUUGGUAAUCAAUUGGAUGAUGUCCGUUUAUAUGAGAGUGAUGUCUUUGAAAGAUUUAAUGAACGAUAUCCGGAAAAACCGUGUCGUCUAACUCAAUUACCCGCGGAUUACUAA